AGUGAUGACGAGAUGAAGCCGAGGCUUCGGAGCGUGUGUCGAGUAAUCGCCGAAGCUUUCUGUGAAGCCUGUGUCGAGGCUUGUAUCAUUUGGGGGCCAGUGACGUCAUCGAUGACAAACGAAGCCUCGUUUGUCGAUACCACGUGACUGCUUCAGGAAGCGAUUCAGAUCUUGGCGCGAGCUUCUGACAGAUAAAAAGCCAUGGGAUUCGAUUCAAGAUGUGUGAUCCUUGUGAGAGGAAAACACUUGUCGUUUUGCCAGUUUUGGUUGUACGAUAUUUUUGCUACUUGCAAAGUUAGAAUGGAGCCAGCUAAGAAGAGAAAGACUUCCCCUAUGUGGGAAUACUUUGAUCAGAUUUCACACAAUAAGGUGAAGUGUUUAUUGUGCUCCAGGGAACUGGGGUACAGUAACAAUACUUCAUCCAUGCUAAGGCAUUAUCGUGCCAUGCAUGAGAUGAAGGAGGGACAUGCAGGUGAUGCAGGUGGACCUGCUCAAGGUACCAGGCCUACCAGAAAACAGGAUCUGGAUGAGGCCUUGGUCAACCUGAUUGUGAAGGAUACACAGCCAUUCAGUGUUGUGGAGGAUGUGGGAUUCAGGGCAUUUGUGGCCUUAUUGGAUCCAAACUAUGUCAUCCCCAAUCGACAGGCUGUUAAGGCUAUGGUGGAGGCCAAGUAUGCUCUAGAAAGGAGCAAGGCCAUAGCUGACAUGCAGAAGGUGGUUGCAGUGAGCUUGACCUCUGGAUGA